CUGGAGAAGUAUUUCAGUCGGUUUGGACCAGUCAAAGACGUUUCACUUUUCUUUCCAUCAAGNUCGGGAUUACAUCGUGGUUUUGCAUCGCUGACAUUUGUCAAACCGGAAAGUGCCGCUGCUGCCGUUCAGCAAAGACCGCACGUUAUUGAUGGAGAUCUGGUACGAUCUUGA